GUCUCCCGCCUUGCACUGUCGGGCCUCCGCAACUGGACAACAGCAGCCUCACCAAGUGCAGUGUUUGCUGCUCGACACUUCCGGCCCUUCUUGCCCCCAAGAGGUCAGGAACUGGGGCAGCCCUGGUGGAUUAUCCCCAGUGAGCUGAGCGUCUUCACAGGCUAUUUGUCCAACAACCGCUUCUAUCCACCACCACCCAAGGGCAAGGAGGUCAUCAUCCAUCGGCUGCUAAGCAUGUUCCACCCACGCCCCUUUGUGAAGACCCGCUUUGCCCCUCAGGGCACUGUUGCCUGCCUGACCGCCAUCAGUGACUCCUACUAUACUGUGAUGUUCAGGAUCCAUGCCGAGUUCCAGCUCAGUGAGCCUCCUGACUUCCCCUUCUGGUUCUCCCCUGGCCAGUUCACAGGCCACAUCAUCCUCUCCAAAGAUGCCACCCACAUCCGUGACUUCCGGCUCUUCGUUCCCAAUCACAGGUCCCUGAAUGUGGACAUGGAGUGGCUGUAUGGGGCCAGUGAGACCAGCAAUAUGGAAGUUGACAUUGGCUACAUACCCCAGAUGGAGCUGGAGGCUGUGGGCCCCUCAGUGCCUUCUGUGGUUCUGGAUGAGGAUGGCAACUUGAUUGACAGCCACCUACCCUCAGGGGAGCCCCUCCAGUUUGUGUUUGAGGAGAUCAAGUGGCAGCAGGAGCUGAGCUGGGAGGAGGCCGCCCGGCGCCUGGAGGUGACCAUGUAUCCUUUCAAGAAGGUCACCUAUCUGCCAUUCACAGAGGCCUUUGACAGAGCCAAGGCCGAGAACAAACUAUUGCAUUCAAUCUUGCUGUGGGGAGCCCUGGACGACCAGUCCUGCUGAGGUUCAGGGCGGACUCUCCGGGAGACUGUCCUGGAAAGCCCGCCCAUCCUCACCCUCCUGAACGAGAGCUUCAUCAGCACCUGGUCCCUGGUGAAGGAGCUGGAGGACCUGCAGAACCAGCAGGAGAACCCCCUACACAGGCAGCUUGCGGGCCUGCACCUGGAGAAGUACAGCUUCCCUGUAGAGAUGAUGAUUUGCCUGCCCAAUGGCACUGUGGUCCACCACAUCAACGCCAACUACUUCCUGGACAUCACCUCCAUGAAGCCUGAGGACGUGGAGAACAACGUUUUCAGCUUCUCAUCCAACUUUGAGGACCCUUCCACGGCCACCUACAUGCAGUUCCUGAAGGAGGGACUCCGGCGAGGCCUGCCCCUCCUCCAACCCUAGUGGGCAGAGAGCAUAGGAAACCUGGACCCAGUGGAAAUCUAGUGGACAGUCCCCACAGAUCGUGAGGCCAAAGUGCCCUCGGGCCAUUUCAGACUAGAGAUGGUCCUCACCUCGUUCCCAGGCUACCUUUCAGGGUCCAAGUUCAACUAAACCUGCCACCCUUGCUUAGCCUGAGUGAUAGUGGAUAGACGAUGGGGCCUGCCUGACCCAGUCAAUGAACCAAGUUUGCUGCUGCUGUCAGCUCUUCCCCACCCACCCGGCUCCAGAAGCUUCUUAGAGACCCCCAAAACAGGACCUGGGGUGAUGUCCCUGGACUUCCUACCCAGUGACAUAGUCCAGGGUCUCUGUGAAGACCUUAGCAGAGUGGGCUGGAAAGACAAGGUGGCCCCACCCAAAGGAAUCAAGGAGUAUGGCCAAGGGGCCAGGCUGCAGUUAUGCCUGUUUGUCUGGAGCCUUCCAUCCUGGCCAUCCCUCAGCAGCCUUCUGUGUCUAGUGUCCCCAGCUGGGAUCAUUCUCAGCUGGAGACCUGUCUGGAGCCCAUGUGCAGAGCCCUCCUGCAGAAGGAAACCACACGGUCUGACUGCUGCUCUCCAGAGCAUUCUACUGACCCAGUAACCAGACCCCAGGUCUGUUUGGGGAGUUGGGGACGUUUGCUAUGAAGUAGGUUGUGUUUUACCAAGGGGGUUCUGGGGACCGAGGCAUUCCUGCCAUCUGCCCUAGCAGAGUCAGAGCAGGACUGCUGGAGCCAGCAUCCUCAUGACACCUCCUACCCCAACCCCCACUCACAGAAGGAUAUCCUAGGCAAAGAACACAACCUUCCCCACAGCCAGCACCGUCCUGGCCACCAGGGGAUCCCAGAACUGCUCAUUUACCACUGGGAGGCUCCAACUCCCCUUGGCAACUCGGGGACUUGGUCCACAUCCUGAGCCGCUGACCAUGGUCAGUCUCUCUUUUAUACAUGCAGCAAAGUGUUUUUAUAUGAACUUUCUCACAGUUUAUAGGUAUUUUUUUAAAAUAAUCUGAGUGCUGAGGAGAAAGACAGGGUAAAGCCUUCCCCCAGCAGCAGCCCCAUGACGGCUGGGUCUGAAAUCCCAGAUGGAUCCAGUCUGAUGCUCUCGCAGCUGCACAUGUGGGAAGAAAUAUGCCUCUCUUCAUGCUCCUCCAGGUUUCUAGAAGCAGUCCUCUGAGGACCAGUACUCCCCCAGCUCUACCUGCCCUCCACACAGACCCAGGAGGAGCCUAGGACUUAUAUCUCAUUAAGGCCUUGACGUCAUCAGCCAGUUCCGUGUGCUCUGUUCUCUCCUGUUGUGCCCUUGCCCCACCAGGGACUCUGUUUUAAACCUGGUAGAGGAAGAAGGCAGGCAGACUGUCCCUUAGACCUGCUCUCCUGCCUGCCACUGCCCCACAGCAGCUUGUUUCCAAGAGCCUUGGCUCUGAGACACUUUGCUAAGAUCACAAUUUUUUUUCCCUCUUUAAAUUCUCACAACACCCUGUGAGGUGGAAAAUUGUUCCCAUUUUUCAGAUGAAAACUCUUGAGUCUCAGGGAAGCAAAGUGACCUCCCAGAGCCUCUCAGAGUACUAGAGUUGUGAUUCAGACCCAUAUUUGACUCCAAUGGAGGUGCUUUCUUUAUACCCCUGCCUCGUCUUCCUGUGAUGGGAAUGUUUUUUUAAAUUAUCAUGUCCCCUGAUCUCCAUACCAAACAGGGAGGAAGCCAACAGCUCUGCAGGUUCACUGUCCUAAAAGGCACUGCUGCCAUGACCUCUACAGAGACAGAGGGCACCUGAGCCCUUCCCAAUCUGCACUGUCUCCUAGGCAUGGGUACAUUAGUUCUCUCACCAGAGACCCAGACUCCACACUGAACAAUUCUGGUCCUAUGUAAAGCACUGACUGCUUGGGCUUUCCAAGUCUUCAUCUUACACCUCUACCCAUCUCCAGAUGUGCUUUUGUCACCCCUCUGCCUCUUGGUUCCUCUGUCCCCAACAUGUCCUAUAAUAAAUCAGAGAGGCUAAGA